AUGGAUGCCCACUUCCGCCUGUUGGGUCUUCCCCGCGGCUCCGACGAGGCGGCCCUCCGCCGGGCGUACCACCAGAAGGCCCUCGCCCUCCACCCGGACCGCAAUCCCGCCGGCGCCGAACAAUUCAAGCGGGUGAAUGAAGCCUACGAGGCCCUCACUCUGCACUUCCGCCGCCACGGAGGCCGAGAUGUCCAACCGCCGUAUUAUCACAAUAAUAAUAAUAAUAAUAAUAAUAAUAAUAAUAAUAAUACGGCGGGAACUGGUGGGAAUGGAUAUUACAGAUCCAACACGACUACCGCUGGACAUACCACCACUACGUUUUUUACAUUCAAUACGACGCAUGGUAAUAAUGCGGGUUCGGGAUUUCAAUAUGCAAGGCGUCCACACUUUACAGAAGAGCCAACAACACAUGUUUUUACUGAAGAGGAACUCUUUGGCGUUUCGCCUGGUGGAUUUACACAAGAGAAACGGAAUCCACGCACAAAGACAUCCGUGAAGGUGAAUAGUAAUGGUACAACCCGUGUUUACUACGGUACUGCUAAUAAUAAUAAUAAUAAUAAUAAUAAUAAUAAUAAUAACAACACCAAUAGUAGUAAUAAUACGAAUACGAAUAAUAAUAAUAAUAAUAGUAGGAGUAACAGCAACGGUAAUAAUAAUAAUAACAAUAAUAACAAUAGCAAUAGUGAUACUACCAAUAAGGGCGUGGGUCCUGGUACUUUCCGCUUUAGUGCCUCUGAUGUGCAUGAAAAGGCAGAUGAACGUUGGCGUCGUGCCCACGGUGAUCGUGUUCCUGUUAGUGGCUAUUCUAUGCAUGAAAGUGCCGCCCCAUCAACUCCACCGAAUAAUCACCAACGCUAUCAACCCCAUAGGCAACCCAAACCAGAAGAGCAAAAACCAAAACAGGAGGAACAACAACAACAACAACAACAAGAACAACAACAAAGACAAAGACAAAAGAAAACACCUCCACCACGAGGAAAGCCAACACCGGCUUCUUUUGCUGCAGAUAUAGGGGCUGGUGUAAAGAGUCGUCAAGAAGAAGAAGAAGAAGAGGCAGAAGGCAUAAUAGGAGGAAAUGGAGUAUAUAAUGCUAGCAGGAAAGAACAACAAAAACAACAACAACAACAUCAACAACGUGGUCUUAAUGGCAAUAAUAGUACCAAGAAGUAUAAUAGUGGUAACUAUACACGAUAUACCCGUCAUGAUGAAGAUGAGGAUGAGGAUGAUGAUGAUGAUGUAGAGAAUUACGGUGGUUCGUAUAAUUGGCCUGGUUCUGCUGGCAAUGGAAGUGAUGAUAUUCUCAGUGAGUUUGAACGACAACAAACCGUAAAUGAAGUUCGACGGGAGUGGGAACGAUUAAAACGAGACACCGACCGCAAACUUCCCCGAUCUUCUCCUUCACCAGAAAGAGAGAAAGUGUGGAGUCCCCCACGUGGAAAAGGAAUGGGCAACAGAAAGUCUGUAGAACCGGAAGAAGAUUAUGUAGUCCAUCGUAAAACCGCCGGCUCAUCUCGUGAAGGUAGUAAUAAAAAUAAUAAUAAUAAUAAUAAUAAUAGUAAUAAUGAGAAUGAAUGGGUUCAUGCCAGUAGACCAACAUCUGUAGAAUACAACAGUCCAAGAGAACGUGCGUAUUAUCGUGAACAGACAAGACUUAGUGAAUCCCAUAUGAAAAGUAUUUUAGAAGAGAAACUGCAACUCAAAAAGGUUCUCUUCACCCAACGAUAUACCCCAGACCCGGCGGAUGUUGCCUUAAUGAGUGAUAGUGAAGUUUAUGUCUUAUGUGAGUUAUUGCGUGAGGUGGAGCAGCGAAUGCAGCGAGUCCUGCAAGGGCGAAUGACGAAAGGACUCUGCGCUCGCUGCUCGGCUGCACCUAAAUUGCAGGGAAAAAGUAUUUUUGUUUGUGGACAUACAUCUGUUUGUGCAGAUUGUGCGGCUGUGUGUGGGAUAUGUCCGGUGUGUGCAGCCAGCCGACGGUGA